CACUGAGGCCAGCUGGGCACUGAUCUGCUGUCAGGAGGUGAUGAGUAAUCAUUUUUGCAUCUUUUACCUUUUUUUAUUUCUUAAUUUAUUAACCCAGCUAUAUCUCCACCCAAGAGCUGCUUUGGGUAACCUGAGUGCCUCACCACACUUAGAGUAAAUAAUUUCUUCUUUCCCCUAUUUCAAUUUGACCCCAUUCAAUUUCAGUCCAUUAUUCCUUGUCCUAUCAGUACAGUUCCUGAUGAAGAGUCCCUGGUUUCCUUGUAGAUAUACUAGAAGGCUGCUAUGAGAUCUCUGAGCUGAACAGCCCCAAUUUUAUCAACCUGUCUUUGUAGGGGAGGUGCUCCAGUCCCCUUAACAAAUUUGUGGCCCUCCUCUGGACUUGGUCCAUCAUUUCCAUGUCAUUCUUAUGAAAACAACCUGUUAAGUGGUAGCCCUCGGCCAUAAAAAUGUCAUGCACAAUUUUUGAAAAAGCCAUAUCAAAUACUAUAAUAAAUCAGAAUAUUAAUCAACAUGUGUGUUUAAUAUAAACCUCAUUACACUUGCUUGCCAUAAUCUUAAGCCUUUAUUUCCUUUGAAACUGUUUCCUGAUAUGUAAUUUGUUUGGGUCCGGCAGCAUCUGAGUUCCAUGUUGUUCUGCAGAGGUUGUUUCAGUACUCUUUCAGUGCUUUGGCCUGAGAAUAACUUCAUAAACCAAGAUUGCCUAUAUGAAACAUUAAAAAAGGAUAGUAAUGUCAUCACUAAGAAAUAGGAGUUGAGGAUAUCUCUGUCACAAGUGCCAAAAUUACACUAAACCUGCCAGUUUUGUUAUUUGCCAGCAGUUCCUGCAUUAGGAUCCACCAGUGCUUCCAGCAUUACUGCCUUGGCACUCCUCCUCCUCAUCAUCAUCCCCCAGAAAAAAGCAGGGAUGCCCUCUUUGGCUACUCUAUCUUAUCAGUCCCUUAGGAAGGAAUAAACAGGAGAGGUGUAGCUGCAUUGCUGACCCUGGAGAGCUUGGAAAAUAGCUCCAUCUUAUUUCAGGUAUUUCUGGAUGUCUUCUACCUCCCUUGAAGGUCACUCACUUUCAGUAAGAGGAGUGGCAGGCACCUUUGCUUCCAGCACACAAUUUUAACCUCUUGUAAACACCAGUCAGUCAGUCUUGGCACGGAUGUAGCCUGGGGCAGCCUGAGCUUUCAGAAACAGCCAAGUCCAUUUCUGUGGUAUUGGAGGCUCCCUCAGCUGUACCUCAGCACCCUGGGUGGUUUGGGUCUCCUCCCUCACCAGAGCUUUGAGUGCUCCUCUGCCCUUGUUGUUGGCCAAUCUCCUCCACUGCUGUCUUCUGCUUAUUGUUUUGGUUAUUUUUAGAGUCUGCAAACACAUUUCUGCAGCUGCUGUCAACAAGGAUCCUCCAUUACAUACACAGAUCAUACAUACGGAAGCUUUAAUGCUUCUGCAAGUGAUUUUGUUUUAAUUUCCUCAAUUUUACUAUCCAUUUCUCUUUGUGGUUCUUUUCAUACAUCUGUCUACAUCACUUUGAGGAGUCAGCUUAUUUAUUUCAAAAGUGCCCAACCUAACUGGUUUUCUUGAAUAAUUUCCUGGGUAAAUUAUGCAAUCUUACACCGAAUAUUGUAUUAACCAUGAAUAUGUGGGGUUGUAUCAGCAUUCUUGAUAGGAGGGUUGACACUACAGAGAAAAGAUUUUGCUGCAAGACGUUAGGAAUAAAAAGAAAGGAACUGUAAGUUUGCUGAUCUGAUUACAAGCCAACUGACUACCUAACCUAUACAUGAAGGAUUAAGGCAAUUAAAGGCACCUGCUUUAUUUAAAUUAUCUUCUUUCACAGAGGCAGCAUUAUACAUUUUCUGUUACCAGUGAAACUUCCCCUAACACGUGAUGCAGUAACUGCUUUUCAGUUUCUUUGUUUUUCACAAAGGAGACAAAAGAGAUUUUGAGCAGCAUCUGGUGGAAACUGAACUUUUGAAAUCAGUAAAUCAGUGACUCCCCGUGCCUUUAAAAACCAAACUAUAGUUCAGAAAUUCUGGACUUCUAAGCUGCUGUGCAUUUACUCCCACCUUUUGAAGGAAAAUAUUGUUGUAUUUUGCUACCCACAUUUCUUAGGUAAAAAAAAGAAAAAGAAAAAAAGACAGCAAAAAUCGCUCUGCAUUUCUAUUGGUGUUCAGCUAAAGCUGCAGUUUCGCUUUGAACAGAAUUGAAACUCAAGCUCUUAGAUGGGUGACAGCAAAUUCCUAAUAUAAAAAAAAAGUCAACCUUACUCCGAAAAGGAAAUGCUAAGUGUCAGUACAGCUAUUAAAAUUUCCACUGUUUGUAGGUUUAGGCUGCAAGGAAGAUCUCCAAAGACACUGAGCACCUGUCAAAGAUUACAGGGUUGAGUGACUGGACACUGUGAUUUAGAAAACCUACUUACAACCAAAUCAAGUGGACAUUAAGCAUCUCAUGUUCCAGUGUCAUGUACCAGGGAACGGCUGGGUGCUUGAAGAAAUCAACAUACACAGUCAAACUUGUGCCUACUCAUUCUCUUUCAUAAUUAUUUAAGCAUAUUAGCUUUGCUAUAAGGUGAAUAGUUAUAAACAAGUGGAAGGUAACUUUCCUUUGUGGUCACAUACAAUGUGAAAAAUCCAGAGUGUAAUAACUAAUGUACGGUGUUUGUAGUGCAGGUUUUCAUCCUAAUAGAAAUGUGUUGAAUGUCCUUGCAGCACAUAGCAGGAUUUUAGUGAGAUUUCUACAUUCGUUAUAGUAGCACUCAGUGAAAACCUCAGUGCAUCUUGCAUGAAAAGCAAAAUGCAAUUAUCAAUAAAGAGCAGAGGAAUCAUACUUUAUUGCAGUAUUUUAAUAUUCAACCACAAAGGUGAGAAAUAUAGUUCUGAAUUAAUAUGGUUGGGAAUUAAUGAACCCUUUCCUACGCCCUGAUUGAAAUGGCAGUGGUGCUGUAUAGUUUUCUUGUUUUUCUGUUCAUGUCUAUAUGACUCAGACUCUAAACACACAGAAUUUGAAAAUAUGACUGCAAAUUCUUUUCCUGUUCAUUCUUAAGGUUCCAGGCAUCUGAAAUGAAUUUCUCAGCUCCAUCACAGUCAGAGAAAUUAUGAAUUGCUAUUUAAAAUGUAAAGAAAAGUAUGUAGGGAAAGAAAACUCCUCCUAAUAAAUAUCCUAAUAAUUGAACUAGUCUGUUCUGCUAAGCACAGAGACUUCUAAGUAAGAAACUCUCAGACAGACACCAUGCUCUGUGUAGUGCUGGAUUGUCAUCAGCAUAAGUCUAUCCUUGUAAUUUUUAACUCUGACCACGCAUCUACACCCUCCCAUGCAAUUUGCACCUUUCUGUAUGCUGUUUCCUAUGCCCUUACCGUUAUUGUUUUCAUUAUGCUUUAUUUUGGUUCCCUUCCCCAAAGUCCCAUUCACUUAACAGACAUUUCUUCUGUAAUGUAUUCAGCUUAGAACUGUCCCAGUUCUUGAAGCUAUUUGCAUUACGAAUGAAUGCCUAUAAAUAAUAUUAAUUAUAAAAAUUACUUAAGUUCUAAAUCUGAACUAUUGUUAACAUGACUUAACAAUGUCUGUAUCUCUAUUCAUGCAAUUUAUACUAAAAAAGGGGGAUGGGUGAAAGGAGGAACUUAAUCUCCUGCAAAUGGUAGUUGUCUGAAGUGACUGGCUACCCUUAUGUAGCGCGUUUGUCUCCCAGCUAAUUGAUCUUAAACUUUGUGGCCAAAUACUUUGCAAUUGUCCCUCUUUAGAGUACCCUGUGGCUUGGAUCUUUAUCUUCUUGGAGUAGGUCUUGUUACAGUUCUUUAUGCUGGGACUCUGUAGCAAGGUAAAACACAGUUCGAAAUUAAAACUGUUCAAAAAUAAUGAAGUAGAUAGUAAAUUGCAGCAUAUGAGAAUAAAAGCACGUGGAUGUAUGAGUAAUGUGCAAAUUUGUUUAAAAGGGGGAAAAUAAGAGUAGUCCAUUUUUUCUUGGGGGUGGAGCAGUAAACGAGGUACUGUUAAGUACAAAUGUUUGAGGAAGUGCAUUGAAGCAGUUGUUUCACAUUCAAUUAUUUCUCAAGUUGCAGUCGAGGUGAAGAGUAGUAAUAGAGUAGUGAUUACUGCUUGAGUAAGUUAUGUCAUAUUAUACUCUCCUCUGGACCUCAUCUGAACCAGUGGAGACCACUUUUAUGCUGUUUUCUUCUGCUCCGACUUACAGGCUCUUCAAACAAAAAAUCUGCCAGAUCUGGAAGCACACAGAAAAUGAAUGGCUCCUGGAGUCUGAUGUGCAGCGACUGUCAGUGUUUCCCUCAAUUACUGCAGGUUCUGUGUCCGUGGCUGGUGACGGCUGGCACUUCAUGCUUUGCUGUGUUGUGCAUCAACAGAUAAAGGUACCUUGUGCAAAGAUGUCAAAUGCAUUGCUAUUUGUCUUACUCUUCCUGUUUCCGAUGCUGCUGUCAGGAGCUUGGUUUCCCAAAACUUUACCCUGUGAUGUUAAAUCCUCGGAAGGUACUGUGACAGUGGACUGCACCUACCGGCGUCUCACAGAAGUCCCCAGAGGGAUCCCUGAAAACGCUACCAACCUCACCCUGAGUAUUAACCAUAUCCCCCAUAUUGAUCCAACAUCCUUUGCUCAACUUAAAAACCUCAUGGAGAUUGACUUCAGAUGCAACUGUGUGCCUGUAAGAAUGGGGCCCAAAGACCUUGUGUGCAACAGCAGUCUGAAGAUUGACAAUGGCAGUUUUGCUGCCCUGACAAGACUGAAGUCAUUGUACUUGGAUGCAAACCAGCUGUUGGAAAUACCCCGAGGUCUUCCUGCUACUUUAACCCUGCUGAGCCUGGAAGCAAAUACUAUCUUUUCUAUCCAGAAAGCCAACUUGUCAGAGCUAGGAAACAUAGAGGUAUUGUAUCUGGGACAGAACUGUUACUACCGCAAUCCGUGCAAUGUUUCAUUUGAAAUUGAGGAAACAGCCUUUCUGCAGCUGAAAAAAUUAACAAUACUAUCCCUGAAGUCCAACAACUUAACACAUAUUCCACCCAAUUUGUCAUCUACUUUGAAGGAACUGUAUAUUUACAAUAACAGGAUUCAAGUGAUUCAAGAACAGGAUUUAAGUGCCCUUCCCAACCUAGAAAUUCUCGAUCUGAGUGGCAACUGCCCACGUUGUUAUAAUGCCCCAUACCCUUGUAUUCCCUGCACCAAUGGCUCAAUUCAGAUACAUUCAAAGGCUUUUGAUUCCUUGACAAAUUUACGAAUUUUGCGGCUUCACAGUAACUCUCUUCAGAGCAUACCCAGCAGCUGGUUUAAAAACAUCAAGAAUCUGAAAGAACUUGACCUCUCCCAAAAUUUCCUCAUGAAGGAGAUUGGAGAUGCUCAGUUUUUGAAGUUUAUCCCCAGCCUGGUGGAGCUUGAUCUGUCCUUUAAUUUUGAACUCAAGAUGUAUUCUCCCUUCUUGAAUCUGUCUCAGACAUUUUCUUCCCUCUCUAACCUGGAAACUUUGAGGCUCAAGGGUUAUGUCUUUAAAGAACUGAGAGCGACACACCUAAAGCCACUGCUCCAUCUUAGGAAUCUCACUGUCUUGGACCUUGGGACUAAUUUUAUUAAAGUUGCAGACCUGGCAGUGUUCAAAGAAUUCCCAGCUCUUAAGUUCAUAGACCUCUCAGUGAAUAAAAUUUCUCCUUCUUCAGGGGAAAGCAACUUCUAUGGGUUCUGCUCUAAUCCUAGGAUUUCAGUAGAGCCGUAUGUCAGGCAAGCACUACCAGACAUGCACUAUUUCAGGUAUGAUGUUUAUGGGCGAAGUUGCCGUUCCAAAGAUAAAGAGGCUGCUUCCUUCCAAUCUUCAGUUAAGGAAGAUUGCCUGCAAUAUGGAAAAACUCUGGAUUUGAGCAGAAAUAAUGUAUUUUUUAUUAACCCCUCAGACUUCCGGGGACUUAGCUCCUUUAGAUGUCUCAACUUGUCAGAUAAUGCAAUAAGUCAAACUUUAAAUGGAAGUGAAUUCUCCUACUUGUCUGGAUUGAAAUAUCUGGAUUUUUCUAACAACAGGGUUGAUUUGUUAUACCAAACUGCUUUCAAAGAGCUAAAACUUUUAGAAAUUCUUGACCUGAGCAACAACCAACAUUAUUUUCUGGCAGAAGGUGUUACUCAUGUGCUUAAUUUUGUGAAAAACCUAGCCCAUUUGAGGAAGCUGAUGAUGAAUGAGAAUGAAAUUUCUUCCACCAUUAACACAGGAAUGGAAAGUCAAUCUCUUCAAAUUUUAGAAUUUAGAGGAAAUCAUUUAGAUGUUUUAUGGAUGGAUGGCAAUGCUAAAUACUUGUCCUUCUUCAGGAAUCUGACCAGCCUGGAAGAACUGGAUAUUUCCUCCAACUCGCUCACUUUUUUGCCUCACGGUGUUUUUGAAGCAAUGCCUCCCAAACUCAAACUCCUCAACUUAACUAGUAAUCGAUUGAAGAGUUUCAACUGGGGAAACCUCCCCUAUCUGAAGAAACUAGUAACUCUGGACCUGAGCAAUAACCUUCUGACUACUGUUCCCCGAGAACUGUCCAAUUGCUCUUCAUCACUGCAAGAACUGAUGCUCCGAAACAAUCGUAUUCAGCAUCUAACCAAACAUUUUCUCAGAGGCGCAUUUAAACUGAGGUAUUUGGACCUCAGUUCAAACAAGAUUGAAAUCAUUAAGAAGUCUAGUUUCCCUGAAAAUGUCAUCAACAACCUGGAGAUGCUGCUUUUGCACGGCAAUCCUUUCAAGUGCAACUGUGAGGCCGUGUGGUUUGUCUGGUGGAUCAAUCAGACUCAAGUGACUAUUCCUCUUCUGGCCACGGACGUGACCUGCGCUGGCCCAGGGGCACAUAAGGGAAGGAGUGUGGUUUUCUUGGAUCUGUACACGUGUGAGCUGGACACCUCAUAUUUGAUCCUGUACGCUCUGUCAGCUUCAGCCGUCCUCAGUUUUAUGGUGCUUGCGGUGACGAGCCAUCUGUACUUCUGGGACGUGUGGUACAGUUACCAUUACUGCACUGCCAAGCUGAAGGGCUAUCGGCGUUUAGCUUUACCAGAUGCCUGUUAUGAUGCUUUUAUUGCCUAUGACAACGAAGAUCCAGCUGUGAAUGACUGGGUGAUGGAAGAACUGGUUAAAAGGCUGGAAGACCGAAAAGCCAGGCAGUUCAAUUUAUGCCUGGAAGGAAGGGACUGGCUCCCGGGACAGCCAGUCUUUGACAACCUUUCCCAGAGCAUUCAGUUAAGCAAAAAGACCGUAUUUGUGCUGACCAAUAAGUAUAUUAAAAGCGGUAGUUUCAGGACAACCUUUUACAUGGCCCACCAGCGGCUUCUGGAUGAAAAACUGGAUGUCAUUAUCUUGAUAUUUCUUGAGAAGGUUUUGCAGAAGUCGCGCUAUGUCCGGCUGAGGAAGAGGCUGUGCCGAAGUUCUGUCCUGGAAUGGCCAACUAAUCCUCAAUCUCAGCCCUUCUUCUGGCAGUGCCUGAAAAAUGCCAUAGCUACAAACAAUUCACUGGCUUACAACAAGCUUCUCCAAGAAACUGUUUAGCUCUACUCUCCCAUAAAAUUUGUUAUAAUGCACAUGCACCUUGCUUGGGAUUUAUUACUGCACAGCAAGAGAUAAUGCACUACACCCUGGAAGUCACUGGUUUAGAACAAAAUCACCGCUUCCAGCUUUGAGUUCACUAGAGGCCUCUAGCAUCUCCUGUGGUUGGGUCAAGUGUUGGUUAGACACUUUCUCAACAUACUCAAAUACACAGACUGCAGGAGAGGACCAUGCCUAAACUUGCUGCUGUUCAGACAUUAUUGGAGUAAACAUGAUUUUCAUAGAAAAUUUCUGUAUUUGCUGUAUUUAUGAAAAACAAGAAAAGUGCUUGCUGGCAUAUUUGUCUCUGAAAAUACGUUUAGCAAAACUCAUGCUUUGAUCUUAGGAGUUGAGAAAAUAGAAGGUUUCUUAUCUUUUCACAUUAGGCUUCCGGCUUCUGAGUCUGCCACUUCUGUCUGAGUAAGGAAGAGUCCUAAUCUCUGGGGAUAAGAAAUUCUGGAGUCCUAAUCUCUGGGGAUAAGAGACUUCUGCCAGAGGUUUGUGUCUGGUACAGGAGCUAUCCCAUUGUUGCACUGCCAAAAACCUCAUCAAUCUGAAGAGACUUUGAAGAAUGUGUGUGGCCUGAAAUUGGAAGGUGUGUGAGAAACAAGUUCUGAAGGGCUUGUAAGCUGUGGGUGGGAAGGAGUUAUAAGAUAAAGAGAGUCCUUGUGCAUGAAGCAUCCACUUGGAAGCAAGAAGAGGGAGUAGGACAGCAGAUAGGCAGAGGGAGAGGCAUAAGGCAGAUGGACAAAAUCAAUUAAAGACACAGACACAAAGAUUAUCUUUCAGAUCCCUUCCAACCCAAACCAUUCUAUGAUCUCAGCUGCCUCUGGUGGUUCCUUUCCUACCUUUCUGGUCUGGUCCUUUCUUUAAAUAGUACCUUUUUUACUUAGUUGUAGGCAGGCAGACAAGAUCACAGACACAAACAAGAAAACUAAUAAUAUAUAAUAAUCCUGCAGAUAAUAAGGUUUUUUUUUUCCUCAAAUUAUCAUGGUAGUGUUACUAAUUAACAGCAGAAGUAGGAGAAAGAGCAGGGCCUGUUUGGAAGAGUGAGUGUUUUAUGAUUUUUUUUGACAUUGUUAGAAGGAUCCGAGGAACUACAGGCCUGUCAGCCUGACAUUGGUGCCAGGGAAGGUCAUCUCUAAUGCCAUCAUGCAACAAGUACAGGACAACCAGGGGGUAAGGUCCGGUUAGCAUGGGUUUAUGAAAGGCAGGUCUUACUUGACCAACCUGAUCUCCUUCUGUGACAAAAUAACCCGCUUAGCGGAUGAUAUUAUUAUCUAGAUAUUAGUAAAGCCUUUGACAUCAUUUCUGAUAGCAUUCUCCUAGAGAAACUGUCUUAUCGUGACGUGAACGGGUGUACUCUUUACCAGGUAAAGGCUGGCUGGCUGGCCUGGCCCAGAGAGUGGUGGUGAAUGGAGCUACAUCCAGCUGGCAGCUGAUACUGGUGAUGUUCCACAGGGCUCAGUACUGGGGCCAGUCCUAUUUAGUAUCUACAUCGAAGACUUGAAUGAGGAGAUUGAGUUUGCUCUCAGCAAAUUCACAGCUGAUACCAAAUUGGGUGGGAAUAUUGAUCUACCUUAAGGCAGGAAGGCUCUGCAAAGGAAUCUGGACAGGCUGGAUCAGUGGGCUGAGGCCAGCUGUGUGAGAUUCAACAAGGCCAAGUGCUGGGUCCUGUGCUUGGGUCACAACAACCCCAUGCAGUGCUACAGGCUGGGGGAAGAAAGUCUGGAAAGCUGCAUGGUGAAAAAGAACUUGGUGCUGUUUGACAGCUGGCUGAACAUGAGCCAGCAGUGUGCCCAGGUGGCCAAGAAAGCAAGUGGCAUCCUGGCUUAUAUCAGAAAUAGUGUGGCCAGAAGGACUGGGGUAGUGAUUUUCCUGCUGCACUCAGGAGGCUGCACGUUGAAUUCUAUGUUCAGUUCUGGGCCCCUCACUACAGGAAAGACAUUGAGGUGCUGGAGAGUGUCCAGAGAAGGGCAACAAAGCUGGUGAAGGGUCUGAAGCACAAAUCCUAUGAGGAGUGGUUGAGGGAGCUGGGAUUAUUUAGGCUGGAGAAAAGGCGGCUGACAGUAGAUCCUAUUGCUCUCUAUAACUACCUGAAAGGAUGUUGUAGUGAG